AUGAAUUCAAUUAUCGACCCAGAUGACACGGCGUUAGAUGCGUGGAAACGGUUGGAGGAAUUCUUUCUCAACAACAAAUCUGCCAGAGCUUUGCAACUUGAUGCUCAAUUUACAAAUACUCGCUUGGAGCAAUUUGAUGGCGUCAAGGCAUAUUGCACUCAUCUUAAGUCUCUCACGGAUAGCUUGAAAAAUGUCGGGGAUAAGGUCUCCGAUAAUCGUAUGGCUCUUCAACUUUUGAAAGGUUUAACGGAGGUAUACAAGCCAUUUCGCACCUCUGUUCGCCAUAUGAAUCCUCUGCCCUCCUUUGAUACGCUCCGAUCCAUGCUCGAGCUUGAGGAGCAAGGUAAUGCUACUGAGACAACCCUUGACACCAACGAGGAGGCUCAUCUUUCUCACGCCAAUUCCGCGGGUCAACAGGGUCAUGGAGACACCUCACAGAAUUCUGGAUCUAAGGGGCAAUCUCGUACAGGUGGCCGGAAAACCAAAGGCAAGGGCAGUGGUAAAGGGAAGGGUGGUGGCGCACCAGCCACUGCAAACCGGAGCAACCAGCAGCAGCCGCAGAACCAGUAG